UGUGAAGUUUUUGGUAAAAUCUUUGCCCCGCCCCCCCCGGAGCUGGCGCGAAAGAUUCACAUGGGUGAGAAGCCCGCGCUGAAAUCGUUUGUGUGGACUGGCUGCGUGCUGACCGGAUGAAUUUGAUUUCUUAAAAAGCCCGAAAAUAUUAAUUCAUUUCGAAAGAAACAUUUCUUCAACAUGAUCGGACAGAAAUCCAUUAUAUCCUACUUCAGCACUCCAGUGAAGAAAAAGAAUUUGUCGGAAUUUACAGAGGAGGAAUCCAAGGAUAAGGAAGCAAUUAAUCAAGAGGAUGGCAAGUGGACGCCCGUGAAGAAGCUGAAGGUUGGGCUAGAGGAGGAAGAGCACAGCCAACCGGCCAAACCCAGGUCCCCGCUCAGCCCCCAGCAGCUGUCCCGCAUCGAGAGGAACAAGCAGGCGGCUCUGCAGAGACUUGCGGCCCGGAAUGCGCCUCCGGGCCUCGGGGAGAGCUGGAAGAAGGAGCUGCUGGCCGAGUUCAGCAAGCCCUAUUUCAUCAGGCUGAUGGGAUUUGUAGCAGCAGAGAGGAAGCACUACAUAGUUUACCCACCACCCCAGCAAGUCUUCACGUGGUCGGAGAUGUGUGAUAUCCGUGACGUGAAGGUGGUGAUCCUUGGCCAGGACCCGUACCAUGGACCAAACCAGGCUCACGGGCUGUGUUUCAGUGUCAAGCGCCCCGUGCUGCCACCUCCCAGUCUGGAAAACAUGUACAAGGAGCUGGAAUCAGAUAUCGAAGGCUUCAAGCGCCCGGCACAUGGGGAUCUGACCAGUUGGGCUAAGCAAGGCGUGCUGCUGCUGAAUGCAGUCCUGACGGUGAGAGCACAUCAGGCCAACUCACACAAAGAUAAAGGCUGGGAGGAUUUCACAGAUGCAGUGGUGUCCUACUUGAAUAACAACCUGGACGGCUUGGUGUUCAUGCUGUGGGGAGCAUACGCACAACGGAAGGGCAGCGUCAUCGAUAGGAAACGUCACCACGUUCUGCAGACAGUUCACCCGUCUCCACUCUCUGCGCACAGAGGCUUCUUUGGUUGCAAGCAUUUCUCCAGAACCAAUGAGUUGUUGAAGAAAGCAGGGAAGACUCCCAUCAAUUGGAAUUUGCUGUGAGUCCAGUCCUUGAGGAGAAGGUGGGAGUAGCAAAUGUUGGUGGGAGCACUCUGGAGCCUAACGGCAUUGACGAUUUACAGUUGCCAGAGCUUGACCAAGGCAUGGGUUUUAUGUCAAUGGUGGGCCAUAGUUAGUAUAUUUACAAGAUCUGAGAUCUUGUAAACCUCACUGAACCAAAGCUCUCAUUUAACAGAUCCAAGUUGGAAUUUUGUUCAAAUGACCAGUGCGUAUCUGGGCAAAAUGUUAUUUUAACCAGAGCAUUUCAACAAAAAUGCUCCUAAAUCUAGUCCAUGACUAAAAGCUUUUAAAUGUAAUUCCUUUGAAAUGUACAGACAUAUUUACAUUCGUUCCUUUUUGUUAAUGUUCUGCUUGCUGUAAAACUGCUCCAGCGUUGACUUGUGAAUAUGUUAAAUAAAAUUUUAUUUCUUU